AUGGCCCCAAUUGCCCCCAAAAAGCGCACAUCGAUGCGCGCCAAGGCCGCCCGCGCAGCAACAUCAUCCUCGUCCUCAUCCUCCGCGGCCCCGAAGCGCACAGAAACAACCACAUCCUCCCUCCUCGCCGACACGAAGCGCGACCGCCGCCAGAUCAAGCGUUCGUCCUUCCUCUCCCAGAUCGCCACCAAGAGCUCCUCGGGCAAGAUUACAAAGCGGCGCCGGCCGUCAAAGAAGCUCGCCGCGAACCUCGAGUCUCUGGCCGAUGCGCUGCCGGACCUGGACGAGCUUGAGGAGAAGCCCGAGCCCGGCAAGGUGCGGCUCAAGAGUAUCAGGAGCAGGCCAGGUGCGCUCAAACGCAAGGAGAAGCUCGUGAGGGCCGAGGCGAAAAACAUAGGGCUCAGCAUGGCGUAUCUGACCAAGCUGCAAGCGGAUGGUGGAGGCGCUUCGGGAUCUGGGGACCAGGACGAGGCCAUGGCCGGUGCGAGGGAGCAAGAUGAGAAGGCGGGAGCUGGGUCGGAAAAGGUUGCUGCGACGGCGCCGUCGUCGACUGCGAGCAGGUGGGCGGCGCUGAGAGCGCACAUCUCUGGGACUAUGGAGCAAAAUCCUGCAUUUUUGGAGAAGAAGUGA